CAUGAAGCAGAGUAUGUGGAAAUUUUGAGUGGAGUGAAAGGGGACACUGGAGCGCGGCGCAUGACUGCCCAGUUCAUCUCUCGCUACUUUGGAACUUUUCCUAAUCAGGAGGAAGAAGCUCUGAAUGCCCUGUUUGACCUCUGUGAAGAUGAUGACCCAUCCAUCAGACGUCAGUCCAUCACCAGCCUGGGUGUCGUGUGUCGGGGCAAGCCUGCCCUUGUUCCUAAAGUAUCCGACAUCCUUGCUCAGCUUUUACAAAUGGAUGAGGCUGCAGAAGUCAGCUGCGUCAAUACCGCGCUUGUAGCUCUCCUCAGAGUUCAUGCUAAAGGAACCUUGACUGGCCUCUUCUACCAGCUGGAGAACAACAGAGACGAGAUCAUCAGAGACCGAGUGUUGAAGUUCCUGCUCUCCAAGAUCCAGUCCCUUUCCACUGAAGUUUUUGGAAAGGAUGUGCAAGUGUUCAUAUUCACCGAAGCUAAGAAGUUUAUUCCAACGGCCACUGAGGAAGAGCUCGUGCUGAUCAUGUCAAUCCUGGGGGAGCUGUCAGUGUGCCGCACGACAACUGCGCAGCAGCAGCUGUCAGACUUGCUCAUGGCGCAAGUGAACUUGAGUGAACCACUCCUCAAGUCCCCUGAUAUCUCCAGAACUGUGGGCGUCCUAAACCAGGCUAAGAAUUUCUUUUCGGCCAACGUAAAAUCCACGGCCGUGGUGUCAUACCUGUUGACUCACGCACUGCCACACCUUGAGAAGAUCGAGGCUGCGAUCCUCGUUGCUGGUCAGGACGCUGCUAAAGUCACCUACUCCAUUCUGAAACUUGUUGCACAGCUCCUCAACUACGCUGAAACCGUCGAGAAGGCCGAUGUUGCCAUGAAGCACGUCUUUAAAGCCCUCUUGGAUGUACUGCCUCAACCUCCUGCUGCUGGCGAGGCUGGCUGGGACGACGGUGGUGCAAGCCUGCAGUUCUCGCGCGUCGAGUGUCUGCUUUACAGCCUUCAGCAGCUCACCAAAUUCCACGCCGAUUUCUUCUCUGACGCAGAAGUUCUAAAGGACUUCAGACAGAGACUUCAGUACUUCGCUCGUGGCUCUCAGGCCUACCAGAAGGUCUUGCGCGAGGCUAUUGCCGGCAAGAAGGGAGAUGAACUCAAAUCAGAAGAGAAUAAAGUGAAACUUAUUGCUCUCAAGACCACCGCUAACAUCAACACAAUCAUUAAGGACUUCUUCCACACUCCACCCGCAGCUAAGAGCUCGAUCAGCCUGUCAUGGCUGCUGGAGACGGAGAAAGGCAAGGAUGCUAACGGCGCGGCCGUGGGCUUCAAGCGCCACGCGCCCAUUACCAUGGACGCUGACAGCGCUGAGUCGCCGCCCAAGCAGACGAAGGGCAGUCGCCAGAUAUACGCGCCGCCCAGUGGCAAAUUCAGCAGAGGAGCAAGCUAUGGCGGUCGAGGCAGAGGUCGCGGGGGUCGUGGAGCUGGUCGAGGGUUCCGACGCUAUUGAAGUGCCCCACAAUCUUGAGCGCGUGGCUGCAGACUGACUGAUACAUCAUUGUUUCAUAAAAGCUUUUCAUGAAGGAGUCAUCACCUCGACUGAACACAACGCCCACUGUCUGCGCCAGCUUCUUCAAGUUUUCUCUUAAUGUUUAGAUUUAAGUGAAAAGUGCAACCUGUCAUAGUGUCUCAACACAUACUCUUAAGUUGAGCAUGGUCCAUACCUGACCGAUCAUAGCGUUGUUUAGACUUGCGCAUCGUCCUUCGCAUUCUCUUCAAUCGGCGGCCAUUUGGGAGACAAAGAUUAUUUUUAAGACAGCUGCUCCGAUAUCUCGAGUUGCUUUUGACUACAAUGCGAUUUGGAUUUGAAUCCUUAUUCCUCGACAAAUCUGGCUUCUCAAUAUUCUCUAUUGCUGACGAUUAGGACCGCGCUUAUGGAGUCUGCCCGUUUUCUGUGGCCCAAGGAUUACCUCUCGUCAUAGCGACACCUCCGGUGACUGGACUGUAGGUAACUAAUGAAGCUUCGCUGUCGUUCUUCUGAAACUUUCCAGUGGUUCACUAAUGGGUUGCAUCGAUUUGCGCGUGCUAGUUAUUGUGAAUGUGUAUGCAUAACUUUUCUGUGCAGAAGCUGAUGCGGAGGAUAAGACGCCGUGAGGUUUGUAUUGGAAAAGGCAUCUUUAUUCUGUUUUCUGGGAAAUUGUCGGUAAGUAUGAAUUUAUUGGACAAAGUCUCUUCAGAGUUUCGAGCCUAUCAAUAAUGUACCGGUUAAAGAUCCCAAUUAACUGACAAUGGUUCAUUAAUCUAUUAGAGAUUGCGUGUCUGUGAGGUGCAACAAUAUUGAUAGGCUCAAAACCCUAAAUAAUAUAUGUUCCCAAGGUACACUUCGGCGGAGCUGCCCCAUGGAUUACAUUCAUUGUUUUUAUUUUAUUCCAGUUGCAGAUGAGCGGAAUUAUUAGCUUAGCAUUAUUGUUAAAGUUAAUUGUCGCUAGAACGGACAAUUCGAUCUUAGCCCGAGUCGCCAUGGGAGUUUCAGAUGAAGUUGACAUGCGCUGCUUGUGUGGAAACGAAAAAUAGUUGCUUGUCUCAAUGGAAUAAAUGUAGUUUGAGAAAUUGA